UCGGCCCAAGAUUUGGGCAAAGGUGAAGGGCGCCCCUUGCCAUGGUGCAAGCGGCGCAAGAGCUUGUGAGCGCUGUUCUGCGGCAAGCGGUCGAAAAACACACUGCCGAGGUCGUGCAUCACCUCAUUGAACAGCAUGGGUGCAACCCCACGCAGACGACCUCCGUGGGCGGCACGCUGCUCCUUGAGGUGGCUUUGCGUGGGAACCAUGCGCAGGCGUUGCGCAUCGCUGAGCUCUUGGUCAGCCACGGCGUGCAGGCCAGACGAGAGGACAACAGCCACCACACAGCCAUGUUUCCAGCAGCAAAGGCUGGGAACAUUCCGCUCUGCGAAUUCCUGCUCAGGCAGGGCUGCAACCCAGGGCGCAGAUUUGAACGCCGCUGACAGCCAUGGCCACACGCCUGUAUUUUGGGCUGCUCAUGAUGACAGGGUCAACAUGAUGAAGUUCCUGGUGGAGAAGGGCGCGGACCCCAAGAUUCUGGCCAAGAAUGGCAAGAGCCUGCUCUUCUCGGCGACUGGCGGGGCAGCUGCCUAUGCUUUGCAGUUGGGAUGCAACCCACAGCAGCAGGACCAGCUUGGGCAGACGCCAAUCUUUCGGGCUGUCAAGGAGAAUGACCCGCAGAAGGUGAAGCUGCUCGUGGAAAAUGGCGCGUAUGUGGAUGCGCAGGACAAAAUUGGGCAAACCUGCCUCUUUUAUGCUGCCAACCUCGGCCUCAAGGAGAUGGUGACGCUGCUGUGCUCGCAUUUGAAGGCCAGCACGCUGCACCGGGAUAUGAAAGGCUUCUCUGCCAAGGAAUAUGCCAAGCAGCACAGCAAGGCGGCGAACCUGGCAGCAUGCACGAAGAUCCUGCAGGCCCAUGAAAGCAAGCAGCGCCUUGCAGCUCAAAAGGAGCUGAGGCGCGGCGCUGCCAAGGAGCGCGCCCGGAAGGCGGCGGAGGAGAGGGGGGGGCCAAGCCCGCCGCCGGCUUCCGCCAGCCGUAAGCGGCCACGCGAGGAGGAGCAGGAUGUGGCGCGCACAAAGUACCACCUGGUGUUCUUCGAGGGGGGGCAAGAGAUCCCCUGGAACUCGCACAAGUACAAAGAGAGCUUCGCACAGCUUGCGCUGAGAUGUCCUUGGGUGGUGCCACAAGGAUGAGUCGCAAUGAGCGAACCGGCCAACAGGGCAAGUGCUGCGGUGUUGCACAGAAGACACCGCAUGCAUCAUGGUAGCGAACGUGUACAUUACCGCCG